AUUCCAUUUUUUAGUUACAUGUACUUUUAUAAAUACUUUUCUUUUUCUUUUUCUUCAUUGCACUAUAAAUGCCCUUUUGGUAUCACACUAUCCACUCUUAUUACUUUUAUUCAUUCAUAAUUCCUAUAUCUUUAACCAUCUCUUAUUAUUGCACCACAAUAAUAGCCAAUGUCUUUACAUAGAAGUGACACAGAUAACAGAAUCGGCGUCAGCGAGAGCAUUCAGGCGCAGGAACGUGACAAGCUGCAUCAGCUACAGACGAUGGGCAAAAUCGACCCUCCGACAAUACUUUCACCGGCGGCGAACGAUAUUGGGCCGCAAAAAGACGGCUCUAUUAAAGAGGAGGACGGUAGUGAUGCCAAUGCCACAGCCAAAGAGGAAAGCGAUUGCAAUAUCAACGACACAGCCAAAGAAGAGAACAAUAGCGGCAGCAUUAAUGCCGCCGACGGCGAGGCCACUGGUUCAUCGAAUCCCUCGCCAAACACCGCUGGUACAGCUGGUACCGCUGCUUCAGCAGCUGCACCACUUCUUCCCACAAACUCAUUAUCAGCGCCCUUGUGUGCCAAGCACCUCACACUCAAGGAGCUGUACGGGAUGCUCUGCUGGCUACAGAUCUCAGACAACCGGCGGCUAUGGCAAUCACGGCCACUGGACGCAUGCACGCAGGCAACGCGUGAAUGCCAGCACCUGCUGGAUGCCAACCCGCGCGCGCUGACGGUGACCCUUGAUGAGCUCAACAUGACACGGCUGCAGAUCCUCGAGGACCACCAGGGCGUGGCGGAGAAUGUGCCACAGGAUUUACGUUUGUUUCCGGGUGGCCCGCUGUUUGUUAUCUUUAACCAUGCUGUGGCUGGGCAGCCGGCGGACGCAGAGCCGGUGCCGUCCGAGAUGUGUUCGCUGAUUAUGGCUAAUGCCACGGGCGCACUGAAGAAACAGCAGCAAAUGAUGACACAGCAGCAGCAGCAGCCGGCUGUCGCAGAGGCUAUGCCUACUGGCCAGCACCUCGGUGACAGUGCCAACACAAACAUCAGCGGCAGCGGAAGCGUAAACAGCCGAAGCCGAAGCCCUAGUAGCACAGUCGAAAAAAGCGCCAAUAGCAGCGGUGGCGGGCCAAGCAGACACGGUACGCGCCGGGUGUCCAGUGGGAUGCUCCCCUGUGAGCACCCAUUCAUGCAGCGGGCGCGCAGGCUGACUCCAGCGGAGGUGCGGCAGAUGAAAGACGAGCUGGCGGUGCGCCGCGAAAUCGGCCUGCGUGAUGCUGUGCUGCUGGCUGAUUGGACGGCGCUGCGGCGCAGAGAGCUGGAGCUGAGGGAGCAUCAGAUCAGGGAGUUGGUGAGGGAGGCGCAGGACGACUCGGUCGAGUCGCUGGUGCGCUUUGAAGAGUUUAUGCGAAAGAUCUACGACGAGCAGCCAUGACUGUGUUUUGUUUUUGCUGUUUGUGCGAUUUAUGGAUUUUCAAUAUUGGCCGCGGUGUUUUUUUUUUUUUACAGUAGAUGGUAUUAACCAUAUUAGUUGGGAAUAUAUAGCCGAUUAAACGUU